AUGAUGCUACCUAUGAUGCAUAAGGCGAAGACUCCUGCCAAGAUGGCCCAAGAUCUCAAAGUUAUAGAGGCUGACCCAGAUAUUCCGCCAAACGAAACUAUUUACAUCAAGAAUAUCAAUGACAGAGUUAAAUUAUCAGUAUUGAAGGCGUAUUUGGAACAGAUUUUUAAUCAAUUUGGCACUAUCAGACAGAUUGUAGCUAUGGGCUCAUUUUGGCGCAGGGGCCAAGCUUGGAUUGUAUUUGAUAGCAUUGAUUCAGCCACCAAAGCAUUGAAUGCCAUGCAAGGUCAUAUAUACCAGGGCCAUGCUAUGCAAAUAAACUUUGCUCUGGCGAAAAGUGACAUUGUUGCCAAGGAGCAGGGCACAUUCGUUGAGCGCCCUCCAGGACCAAAGAAACCACGCGCUGUAAAAGAGAGAGAAGCCAAACAAUUUGAGCUGUUCCAACAGAUGCAAAAGUCGUUCAUGGAAAGUAAUCUCAACAGUGAAACGUCCUCUGCAACAUAUCAGGGAAUUGAUAAUGGACUCCUCAUGGCAAGUGCUCAAGCCAGAGCUACUGAGACAGCUAUUAACAUGUCUAAGUUGGAGAUGGGCGAUAUGUCUCAGUACCAACCGAGAACUAUUCAAUUUCAACAACAUGGACCAGGUGUACCACAUCGCAUUUUGUUUGUAGAAAACCUCCCUCCUGAUGUCAAUCCGGCAAUUGUAUCCACACUUUUCGGCCAACGCCCGGGAUUUAUCGAAUCUAGAGUUAUAGCCUCUCGUUGCGUCGCGUUUGUCGAUUUUGACUCUGAGCAGUCCGCCGGCCUGGCUCUUAAAGCAUUACAGGGACACUCUAUUUUGGGUAACAAUAUAUACAUUUCAUACGCCAAGAAGUGA